AAAGAUCAAUCACACAAAGCCCAUUUCUCUCUCUCUAUCUCUCCUUCCUUCAAACAAAAGGAAGCAUAGCAUUACCUGAACACUCAACGCAAUGGAGGAAAAUCCAGAAGAUACCAUCACAGAAGAAAGAGAGGAUCUCAUGAUAUCACCCUCUGGUAAAAACCCAACUAGAAGACCAGCCCAUUUCCUAAAACCCUCGGUCACCUCCGUUGAAGGACCUGUAUUUCACCUUCCUUCAGGUACAUUUCUCUCUCCAACUUCAACUGAUGUCCCAUUGAAAGUGGAAUUCAAAGGGUGUCGAGAUCCUACCCGCACGUGGAAAUCUUGGUUUUAUCGAAUGCAUUCUAUUCACCAAUCCACUUGGAAAAAGGCCGGAAUCUACGAAGCCAUUGUCAAUUCCACUUACCAAAUCCGAGUAAACAGAGAAAUCGUUCUGGGUUUUGCGGAAAAAUGGUGUUCGGAUACAAACACGUUCGUGUUUGAUUGGGGAGAAGGUACUAUCACUCUGGAGGAUGUUUUGGUGUUGGGAGGGUAUUCUGUUUUGGGGAAAUCUGUUUUAACCCCUCUUGAAAACAGAGAGAUGGUUGAAAUCGACAAGAAAUUGAUGAAGGGACGGAUUGAAAUCUUAAAGAGUAAGGCUAAUAAAGCCGACCAGUCCACAUGGGCGAACCUUUUCAUGGGAAGUGGGAGCGAAAUUGAGCACGAAGCGUUUCUUGUCCUCUGGUUGUCCAGGCAUGUUUUCCCAUAUGGUUACAACGUGAUUAAUAGGAAUGUUCACAGUAUAGCAAUUCAUUUAGCCAGAGGGACGAGGAUCGCCCUUGCUCCCGCAGUUCUCUCGUGGCUUUAUCGAGACUUGAGGCAGUUGAAAAAUGCAUUACUUUCUAAAAGGAUGCGAAAAGUGGGGCUCAGACUGUGGGCUCCAUUGCAAAUGGUACAGAUUUGGGCUUGGGAGAGAUUUCUCACAUUGAGGCCUCAACCCAAUCCCCUUAAACCAGGUGAGCCAAGAAUGGCUAGGUGGAACAAGAUGAAGAAUAAGAAUAUUGAGAACGUGGGUAUGGCUCUAAACUCUGCCAGGGAAUGUUUCCAGUGGCGCCCUUACGCCAUUUCUGAGAAAAACUGGGUGUUUCCUAAGUUUUACAUAGAAAGAGAAGAGUGGGUAUCAGUUUGUUUGGGAAUGGAUAAGGAUUUUGAGUUAUUUGCUCGGUUUUUGAGGCCGAGUGAGUUGGUGGGUUUAGACUGCUUAGAAUGUUAUCUUCCUCAUCGUGUUGCCAUGCAAUUUGGGAUGGAUCAGGAUCUUCCUGGUUUGGUGGUUCGUUUGAAUGACACUGCUGAAAUUGCCUGGGAAAAUUACAGCAGGCCAAUUAAAAAUGGAAGGCUGUAUGUUCCUUCGAGGUUGUUUAAGUCAGAUGUAACGACUCGAUAUUUAGAGUGGUGGAAGCAAUCAAAGUUAGCUCAGAAUAAUGCAGUAAAGAGAGCCAAGGCAGAGAAGAGCAUCACCAAGAGUACGCGAAAACCACCCGAGGUUCCAAAGGGAAAGAAUGUGGAAAAUGAUGCCUUGGGCACUUCUACCAAGAGAGAGAGGUUCAAACCAGCGAAAUUAAGGAAUGAAAAGAGCAUCACCAACAGCCUGGUAAAAUCACUCCAGAUUCCAAAAGGAAAGAAGCGAAAGAGGGUUGAUAAAGAAGCAAAAUCUGUUGGAAAAGACAAACACAGACUUGGGGACAGUGCUGGAAAGAAAAAGUCUUGUGAUGGGAAGUGUUUGCCACAGCCUCAACCUCAAAUUCCUUCAUCUCUAACUGCGGAUAAUGGUGCUGGUAAAAAGAUGGAAUAUCAGGUGGAACACAGAGAAAAUACUUUGAGGGGCGAAGCAAUGAUGGGAGGAUCGCAUGGUCCCUCUGAAAAAGUGAUUGAGAGUCAUGUUGAAAUUCCAAGUGAUGAUGGGGUGAACAUUGGCAACAAUGGAAGGAAUAUCAGUACCCAAAGCACAAUUGAUGUACCAGGACUUGAAGCAAGAGUUAGCAAGCUUGAGACUGUGUUUGCUUGGCUGAAAGCGGAAAAAUUUGGAGUAAGGUCUAUUUAAGACCUAGCAAAGGAGAAAUCUAAUCAGAAUGCCUUACUUUGGCUUUGCCUAUUUUGUCUACUGUAGGACCCAGAUUCUGUUUGCUUGAUGAAAUAGAUACAGCAGAUCUUGUUCUCUAAUCGUGGUUUUAUUUUGUCUUGAAAAGUAUUUCAACUUCUAUUGGUUACUGUA